GUCUUAAAGUCAAGCGUUGAUCGACAGCACAUUAAAUAUUGUGUUAUCUAAUUAUAUAGAAAUACUACAUUUUUUUGUUUAAAUCAGUUAACUUAAAAAAAUAUUUUACACAAAUAAACACUAAAAGUUUUUAUUUUCAAAGUACAUUUGCUUAAAAAAAUUUUUUUUAUUCAAUAAAAUUUUAAUAGGAUAAUGACUCUCGUACGUUUGAUCAAAGUUAUAUAAUAGUUAUUUUAAUAAGCAAGCAGUUGUAUUGUGGCUAUGUUUAUUUUAACAAUAUACGUUAAUUCUAAAUGAUUGAUAUUGACCAACCGAUUGAGCCAAUUAAACAAAAAUGACUUAUGACACCAGUGUCUCAAAAUGCGAAAAAUCUGUAGAAUUAAUCGAUAACAACGAAACAUGGAAAUCAAUGAGUCUAACGUCCAAAGCAAAAUUCAUGUUCAAACAUUGCACUGUAGAACCAAUGUUGGGUUGUUACAUUGUUUCAAGUGUAUUAGCAUCUCUCGCUACGCAAAAUUUAAAUUUGCAAAAAGCAUGUAGAGUAAAUUUGAGACUGAAUGAAAGUAUUUGUUAUGCGUUGGAAAAUAGAGAUACGGCAAAUUUUGCAAAAGAAGAAGUCAUGGUUCAAGAGCUAGUCGCAGACAUGAUAAUAUGGAAAACUAUAUUGCAGAGCAGCAUUCCAUCGAUUUUAAUAAUAUUUAUAGGUUCAUGGAGUGACCGAAACCACAAACGCAAACCAUGUAUGUUAAUGCCAAUUAUCGGAGAGUUCCUCACUAGCAUAGGUCUGUUGGUAUGUACUUACUAUUUUUAUGAGCUACCAAUGGAAGUAGCUGGUCUAGUAGAAUCAAUCCCACCAGCCAUGACUGGAGGUUGGAUGACCAUGUUCAUGGCUGUAUUCAGCUAUGUAGGCGAUGUAACAACAGUGAAAAUGCGGACUCUUAGAAUAGGAGUUGUUAACGUAUUCUGUUCGGUAGGUGUACCAAUAGGAACGGCGUUGUCGGGUAUAUUAUUUCGAGAAUUAGGAUUUUACGGUGUAUACACUAUUGCUACUGUUUUAUACGUGUUCAGUUUUGUAUAUGGCAUAUUAUUUAUCAAAGAAGACAAACCAGAACUCCUAUCAGAAGACAAGAAGACACCAGUAGAAACUACCUGCUUAUAUUUGGUGAAAGACUUUUUCAGUCUUAGUCAUAUAAAAGAAGCAAUUCGUGUAGCAUUUAAAGAAGGACAACACAACAGAAGAUUACGCAUUGUUCUGCUCAUGGUAGUUGUUAUAGUAGUAAUGGGACCUUUGCAUGGUGAAAUGUCUGUUAUCUACCUUUUCACUCGCGUAAGAUUCAAUUGGGAUGAAGUAGACUUCAGUUUGUUCUCAACUUAUUCUAUGAUAACAAAUUUAGUAGGUACGAUGUUCUCUGUUGGAGUGUUUAGUCAUAUGUUACAAAUUGAUGAUGCAUUGAUUGGAGUUAUGUCAUGUGUGAGCAAAAUCUUAGCUGGCUUUGUAUAUGCUUUCGCAACUACAGAUUUUGUAUUUUAUUUAGCACCAUUGGUCGAUAUUGUGAAUGGUACAUCAUUUAUUGCUAUGAGAUCUAUCAUUUCUAAACUCGUUCCGCCAGACGAGUUAGGCAAAGUCAACUCAUUAUUUGGUGUUUGUGAAGCAUUAGUUCCAUUGAUAUAUGGUCCAAUGUACAGUGCUGUGUACAAAGCUACACUCAAAACAGUUCCUGGUGCAUUUUUUUUACUCGGAGGUGCUUUAACUGCACCAGCAGCAUUUAUUUUUUUAUGGAUGUAUAGUGAACACAAAAAAGAGCGAACGGAAAAAGAAAAAGAAUUGAAAGAAGAAGAUAAGAAAACUAGAUUUAUAAAAAAGAAAAAUAGUUUAGAUUUCAGGUUAUCGACACAUGACUUUGAUUUAAAAACAAUACUAGACCGAAGAACUCAAACUCAUAGAGGUUCAGCUCAAUUUGCUAGUUUUGGCUUAGAUAACAUGGCUUUCCAAAUCGAAGAGAGUGCAGGAAAAGGAAAAGUAUAAAUAAAAUUUUCUAAAUCCAACAAUAUUAAUUUCAAAUACUUGUGAAAUUAUUUGUUUGUUUUAACUUACUUCAAUUUUAAUCAUAUUUAAUUAAUAUUUAAAAGAUUCGUUAAUAUAUAAAUUUUUUAAUAAAAAAAAUUAUUGUCAUGACACUAAUCUUCUCAGUGAAGCCACCAAAGUUUAAGGGUUGAAAUCCCCCGAAAUGCGAUGUUUGAAUUUUUAGUCUUGAUGACUUUUUUUAUUUUUGCUCAUUAGAGUUUUCUUAAAGAACGUAUAUGAAUAAGAACGUUUGAUGAGUAAAAAGAAAAGGUAAAACCCCCUCACCAAAAACAAUUACUUUCUUACUGUGCCACUGAGUCUACAUGUUACCAAUGUACAUUUUGUUACAUUUUUUACUAGUGAGAAUUAAGUCAAUCAAAAUACGUUUUUCAUUCAUUUUUAUGCUUUUUACCUUUACUUUAGACUAGUAUUGUACUGAACAAUGGUUACAAUAGUUUUAAUUGUAUUUAUUAAUAUUUAUUUCAUUUUUAUUCUUUUACUUAGUAUACAUAAGACAUUAAGAUAAACAUUAGUUUUUUCUUAAUAAUGAACACAAUCUAUUGUAUAAAUAGACCUUUUCAAAAAAUACAUAUUUUGCAUUAUAAAAUUUAUUGUUUCUAAUAAAA